AUGCCAGAUUAUUCAACACAAGCGACUCAGGAAAUCCAUUUUCCUUCCACUGAGUACAAGAAACAUCCAUCAGAGACCAUGCACGCUCUGCAAUGGAUGGGAAAGAGCAAGGUGAAGGUCAAUGUGGUCCCUCGCCCAGUGAUCACUGAUCCCACAGACGUCAUUGUGAGAGUGACCACAUCCACCAUUUGUGGAAGCGAUCUUCAUUUAUACUUUGGAGAGUUUGAAGGAAUGGAGAAGGGCGACAUUCUUGGUCAUGAAGCUGUAGGAGUUGUCGAAGAAGUUGGUCCAGGAGUGAAGAAUGUAAAGAAAGGCGACAAGGUUGUUGUUUCAGCUGUCAUUAGCUGUGGUCAGUGUGAAUAUUGUCAAAAGCAACAAUUUAGUUGUUGCGACAGAACCAAUCCAAGCAGAGCAAUGGAAAUGAUGUAUGGACAUCGUACUGCUGCAUUAUUCGGCUACUCACAUUUGACAGGUGCCUACGCUGGUGGACAGGCUGAGUUUUUAAGGGUUCCCUACGGUGAUCAAAAUCUUCUUGUGGUUUCCAAUCCAAACAUUAAGGAUGAAACUCUAAUCUUGCUUGCUGACAUUGCUUGUACAGGGUUCCACGCAACCGAACUUGGUAAAGUCACCUUCAACGAUAAGGUUUGCAUCUGGGGCGCGGGUCCUGUGGGUUUGAUGGCCACCAUGUGGUGUUUCUAUCGUGGUGCCUCUCAGGUGGUUCUCAUUGAUGGGGAAGAGUAUCGAUUGGAGAAGGCAAGACAAGUCUUUGGCAAUUUGAACGAACUAGGAGGAAUUAGAAAUAAGAGCGAGUCUGUGAAGGAAGGUUUGAAGAAUGCCUUUGGUUUUGGAACCACUGGUGGCGUCUCUUCAUCCUCUGAGGAGCACAUUCCCAAAUUCUUUAGAAAGACUUUUGGCGGACCAUCAUUCACCGAAGAAGAAUAUUCAAGCUCCACAAGUAAUGUGAAAUUGAACACCAUCAAUUUCCAUAACUGGUCCAAUGUCGAUGGAGGUGUUGUUAAGGCCAUUCAGGAGCUAAUUCCAGGAGGCCCAGAUGUUUGUAUUGAUUGUGUUGGUUUCCGAUUCGAACGAGGAUUUCUUCACACCCUCGAAAGAAAGAUUGGACUCGAAACAGAUUCACCUCAGGUUCUCAAUGACAUGAUCAUUUCUUGCAAGAAGGCUGGUCGUCUCUCUGUGGUUGGAGACUACAUGGGCUAUUGUAACCAUUUCGCUGUUGGUGCCUUGAUGGAAAAGUCUUUGAAAUGGAGAGGAGGACAAGUCUUUGUUCAAAAGUAUUGGAAGCACUUGUUGAAGAUUUUCGAGAGUGGUGAAUUGAACAUUGACCCUACAUUUGUGAUUACACAUCAAGUUCCACUCUCUCAGGCAGCUGAGGCCUAUGACAUGUUUGCCAAUUACAAGGACGAAUGUAUUAAGGUUCUAUUGAAACCAGAGCUUAAGAAUGUUGAUGUAAAUAUUUGA